UCAUUGAGUGAUAUCCCAACAGCGCGUAUUCAUGAAUUUAAGUCAGUAAAAACAGUUUGAAAUCUCGUGAAAUUUCCUUUAUCAGCGUGGUACCUGUUAAUUAGUGGAGCGAUUUAACAGGUACUUGAGCCAAAUACGUGGGCAUAUAAGCUCGCUGGCAGAUUUGCGCUUCAUUUUCACUGAAGGAAGAUAGUUGCUAGGAUUGGUCCGUGAAAGAAAGUUCGCUUGCUUCUGCCAAGUCCUCAAGAUUCGACGUUUUCAAAUCCACAUCUGGCCAUAGUCACGGAUUUAACGCGUAAAGUGAAAACAGACAAUAUAUCGGAAGUCUUUGGGCUAAAUUCUUAGCCCCCCAAGCGUGCACUUUAACCAGCUUAGCUACAAACGGAGUUCAUCCAUAACUAACACGCGGCCGGAGUUAUAGCAAAAGAGGAUGAAUUCUGUCGGGAACGAAACUACCGAGAUUGAGCUGCUAUACUUCAAGGAGCCUCACUGGCUGGAAAUCCUUCGUUUGACCUUCGAGUUCUUCAUCGCGGCUCUCGGCAUAGCAGGAAAUACCAUAGUGUGCUUAGUCAUAACGUUCCAACCCCAGAUGCAGACCGUUAUCAACUUCUACAUCAGAAACCUCGCCAUUGCAGAUCUGGUAAUACUUCUUUUUUCCUUUCCGCUCACGAUAAUUAAGGAACAAGAUCCCCACCACUGGCCCCUGGGUGAAUUCUUCUGUCGUUUCCUGUAUCCUCUCAACGACGUAUUUUUUGGAGUUUCAGUGUGGUCCAUAACCUUGGUUGCCAUAGAUCGCUAUCGAGCUAUUGUUGGAGGCCGUGUUCCCAAGCGAAAUUCGUACAAUUUCAGUUCAGCAAGAUGGAUGAUUCUUGGCGUGUGGAUAAUAUCCUUUUUGAUCAUCUCCUUGCCUUUGUAUUUCGUGAUGAGGUUCAUUGACGAUAACUCUUACAUUGAUUGUACUCCAGACUGGCCGAACGCCAAGCGAGGAAAUCUGGGAGAGAUGCGACAAAUAUACAACGUCGCGAUCAUCGUAUUUUGGUAUGUUCUGCCACUUGCCAUCAUCGCUGGAACAUUCCGCAGCAUUUCAGUAAAACUCCGAGCUAGCACUAACUUUAACAGGUCCAUCCAAGAAGAGUGUAACGAAGCAAGUAAACCCCACAGCGCUCGCAAAAGACUUCGUGAGCAACAGAACAGUAAAGCUAAAAAGCUUUUAAUACCCGUUGUAAUAGUUUUUGCUGUUACCAUGCUUCCUGUUAAUGUUUUCCGACUUGUAGUUAUGUAUUGGGAAGGAUUUUCUGAGCACAAAUACUUGUGGGUUUUUUACAAUGUUUGCGUAAUCUUCGUCAUUGCAAACUCGUCGGCAAAUUUUUUCAUUUAUUCGCUUGUUAGCGACGAGUUUCGCCAUAGUUUUAAGCGCCUCUUCUGUCGUGAUUCCAACUUUAUUUCCCGUAGUACAACAGACAGAACUGUUCGAAGUCCACUUCACAGUCCUUAAACCUAAGUCCUACAAAUUUAAGCCCAACCAACACUGAUAGACCUGAAUGAAUGAGACGAAGGAAACUCCAGAUACUGAACUACAAGAGAGACUGUCACGCGAAGUUUUGGCGACGACCGAGCGUUUCCUGCUGAGAAAGCAGGGGGAGCAAAAGAUCUUAAGAUAUCGGUUUAAGACAUUGAAUAUAGAGAAGAUUUCGCUGGGAGAUGCGACGAGCUUCAGAACCCUUUAAAAUCUGUUUUUAAUUUGUUUCAAGGCAAUGAUUUAUUUGUUAAGGUGAUAUUUUAGACAUUUGGAGACGGGUGUAAUGCUACACGUGAAUGGCGGUAUCAUAAUUGUUUUAAUGACAUUUUUUCCAGCUUGAAUUUCAUGAAGAAAAUGUGUAAACACUGUUGUAACUAUGCAUAAGACAGCCAACAGCGAAAACGAACGAGGAACGAUUUUAUUUAAGACUGUUAUUUCCUCUGAAUAAACAUUAAGUUAAAAACGUGUGAAACAAACGAACUUUUACAUCAACAACUGAAUCAAAUUAAAUAUUACUGUGUAGGUUUUGGAGUUAAACAGGCCAUAACCGUCGCAUCUUUUUCAUUAGCGUUAAAUGAAAUUAUAGGCUCGGUUUAUGACACAGGUUCCAAAAGAUCCUGUGAAAUACGUGAAGACGAGGAACUACUCAAUUUCGUGCUGAAUAUUUUCAAGUUGUUAACGAGCUAGCUAAAAGAAUGCUACCACCCUGAAAAGAUUAAGUUAAACCUGUCGGAAAUUUUUCAUUUUCUGUAAGAACAGGUCUUUUUUUCCUUUAACGUAGCCCUGUUUCUUUUCAUCAUGAUGAAUGCACAAUUAACAAAGAAUAAAAAAGAGUGGCGGAUAAUUUA